UUUCUCACUUUUAUACGGUCAAAUGACCCACUAAAAAAUUGUCCCAAUUAAAGUAGCACAUAUAUGGACCGAAAGCAAACUCCCAACGCGCCACCCUCUUCGCCACCGUUGCCGCCGCCGCUGCACCAGGACGACGCCGACGAAGAUGAUGAGACUGUGAAGCAGCUCAACCAAUGCUCUUCUCUAUACUUAUCUUUACAGGAUUGUCUGAUAAAUACUGACAGGAAUUGGAAGUCUUGUCAAAAGGAAAACUGGUUGGUUGCAGAAGUUCAGGCUCUCAAGGCAUGUAAUGAAAGAAGACAGAUGGACAAGAGGAGUUGAGAAAUCAUUUUGAUUUUCGGUGGUUAAGGCGUUUUCUGAAGUUGGAGGCUUA